AUGCUUAGCAAGGCGCCUGGCCUUCUCGAUGCCACGCUCGACCAGCUCGCCGAGGGGUUGAAAGCCGGGCACUUUACCAGUGUUCAGCUCACAAAGGCAUACCUCAGGCGCAUCGAGCAAGUCAAUGAGACCGUUCACGCCGUCGUCGAGACAAACCCCGAUGCGCUCGACAUUGCCCGCAGCCUCGACGAGGAGCGAGCCUCUGGCUCCGUUCGAGGCCCCCUCCACGGAAUCCCCAUCCUAGUCAAAAACAACAUCGCCACAAAAGACAAACUCAACACAUCAGCCGGCUCCCAGCUCCUCCUCCACGCCACCGUCCCCCGCGAUGCCUUCGUCAUCCAAAAGCUCCGCCGCGCAGGCGCCAUCAUCCUCGGCAAGACAAACAUGUCUCAAUGGUCAAACUACCGCGCCCGCGACUCCAGCAUCAACGGCUGGUCCUCCCACGGCGGGCAGACGCUCGCCGCGUACCACGCCAACCAGAACCCCUCGGGCAGCUCCAGCGGGAGCGCGGUGGCGGCAGACCUGGGGCUCGCGUGGGCGGCGCUGGGGACCGAGACGGACGGGUCGAUUGUGUCUCCGGCGCAGAGGAGCGGCGUCGUGGGCGUCAAGCCGACGGUUGGGCUGACGUCGCGGAGCCUCGUGAUGCCCAUCUCGGAGCAUCUGGAUUCGGUUGGGCCGAUUGCCAGGACGGUCAAGGAUGCGGCGUAUCUGCUUCAGGCCAUUGCGGGAAAGGACCCGGAUGACGAGUACACGGCGGAGAGUCCGGGGGAGAUACCAAACUACGUGGCCGCGUGCCGAGACAGUCUGUUGGGAUCCCGGAUAGGCGUCCCCUGGAAGGCCAUUAAUGAAGGGCUCGAAAAGUACCCGCAUCUGGCUUCGGAAAUCGAAGUCUUCAAAGACGCCGUCCUCUUCAUGGAAAUCGUCGGUGCAUACAUCGACGAAGAGGUCAACUUCACAUCCGCGACGAAGGACGUCCGCGACGCCGAAUCGACCAUCAUGAGGGCGGACUUUUUCGGAAACAUUGCGUCGUAUCUGGCAAAGCUCGAGUCCAACCCGAGCGGCAUCCACACCCUCGCGGACAUGCGCGAAAAGACGCAGAAACACCCCCUGGAAGCCUAUCCGCAGCGCGACACGGGCAUCUGGGACGACAUUCUCGAGAAGCACAACUGGGACAACACCGACCCGCGGUUCGGCCCGGCGCUCGAGCGUCUGCGCGAACUCGGCGGGCCGGGCGGGCUGCCAGGCCUAUUGGCGAGGCACCAGCUCAACGCGGUAGCGAUGCCGACGAGCAUGGCGGCGAUGUGGGCCGCCGUCUCAGGGGCGCCGGUGAUCACCGUGCCGAUGGGGUAUCACGCCGCGACGGAGCCGGUGCACAAGGACGGCGGCACGGUGGAGACGGGCCCCGGGGUCCCGAUCGGGAUCAGCUUCAUGGGGCCGCGCUGGUCUGAGAAGAAGCUGUUUGGGAUAGCGUAUGAGUUCGACUGGAGGAUGAGGCUGCGAGGUCGGGGGCCGCCGAGGGUGGUUGAGCCGACGGCGGAGAUUGAGACGGGGCGUGUGAAAGGAUGA